AUGGAUAGCGACGAUGAGAUGAUCGUCCAAAUGAUGGAGGACAAGCAAACCUACGAUGACGACAUUCGGGAGCAUUUGUCGAUCAUCGCGUCCCUCCAAAACAUGUUUGACGCCGACGCAGAGAAGAGGAAUAGGCCACGCGGCGGAGGUACAGGGCUACAUCAUCAUCAGCUCAAGGAGCCAGCUCCAGCUUCAGAGGUGGAGGCGGCGGCGACGAUGUCGGCGGCGAUGAUCGGCUCCAGGCCGCCGCGGUGCGAGGGGAGGUGCGCCCUCUGCGGCCGGUGCGAGGCGGUGCAGGUGCCGGUCGCGCCGCGGGACAAGCACGCCGUCGCCGCGGCGGCCGGAAGCCACUUCCGCCUGUCCAGGGCCUUCGGCGGCGACGGCGUCGACGAGAGGUCCACCAACUACAAGCCGCUCAACUGGAGGUGCAGGUGCGCCGACAGGAGGGUGCUCAACCCGUGA